UUCAACUUUAAAGGCAUUACCAUUGAUAAUGGAGAAGCAACUAAUUCUUCUCUUUACUCAAUGUCUUUGGUUGUUUACUCUCUUAACAUUUCCUUCCUUCAUAAAUUGUCAUCUCGAACCUCAUUUGCCCUCGCAUGAUGUUUACUCUUUGAACCGAUUUGACUUCCCUAAACAUUUUAUGUUUGGGGCUGCUACUUCAGCUUAUCAGUAUGAAGGUGCAGCAUUUUCUGAUGGCAAAGGGUUAAGUAUCUGGGAUACUUUCACUCAUGAACAACCAUGGAAAGUAGCAAAUCAUAGUAACGGAGAUGUGGCACUUGAUUCAUACAAUCGUUACAAGGAAGAUUUUAAUAUCUUAAACAACAUUGGCAUGGAUGCUUACAGAAUGUCAAUCUCAUGGAGCAGAAUAUUGCCUAAUGGAUCCUUGAAGGGUGGUAGGAAUGAGCUCGGCAUCCAACAUUACAAAAAAAUCUUCAAUGAGCUUGAAUCGAAAGGUACAAAGCCAUUUGUGACUAUAUUCCAUUGGGAUCUUCCGCAAGCACUUGAGGACGAAUAUAUGGGUUUUCUCAGUCGCGAUAUUGUGCAAGAUUACGUUGACUAUGCGGAAAUUCUUUUUCAAGAAUUUGGUGAUAAAGUAAAAUAUUGGUCUACUUUUAACGAGCCAUACAUGUUUAUUGUCGGUGGUUAUAUCAAUGGUAGCAUGGCUCCGGGUUAUUGUUCUCCUUGGUUGACAAAAUUGAAUUGCACACGCGGAGAUUCGGCAGUUGAACCUUAUUUGGUUGCUCAUUAUAUGCUUCUUGCUCAUGCAGCGGUCGUUAAACUAUAUAGAGAAAAAUAUCAGAAAAAGCAAGGAGGUGAAAUUGGAAUAGCUCAUGUUGCUGAUUGGACUGUACCACUCACACAAUCUGCAGCAGACAAGGAAGCUAGGGAAAGGGCUACUGAUUUCAGCUUUGGAUGGUUUGUUGAGCCUAUGAUACACGGUGACUACCCUGAAGUGAUGCGUCGCAAUGUAGGAGUCAGACUUCCGAAAUUUACCGAAGAAGAGUCUGCUUCAUUGAUAGGUUCAUUUGAUUUCAUUGGUCUAAAUUAUUAUUCAGCAAAAUAUGUAUUCAAUAGAAAAGUUCCAGCUAAUCCAAGUGAAGAGACAUACUUCACAGAUAUUAAUGUCUACACUACAGCUGAGCGCAACGGGCAACUAAUUGGGAUUCCGGCUCCUGGUUCAUCUUGGAUUAAUGUCUAUCCAAGGGGAAUUCGUGAUUUCCUUAUCCAUGUAAAGGAUAAAUAUGGAAACCCAAAAGUUUUUAUCACUGAAAAUGGGAUAUGUGAAAAAAAUGAUCCCUCAAUUCCUCUUAGUGAUGCCCUUAAUGACCCAUGGAGAAUCAAGUACCACUUUUCCCACCUUGACUUCCUUAGAGUUGCUAUAGAGGAAGGUUCAAAUGUGCACGGAUACUUUGUAUGGACGUUGUUGGAUGACCUUGAAUGGAGCUCUGGCUACACACAUCGUUUUGGAAUUAGUUACAUCGACUUUCAAGACAACCUCAAGAGACACAAGAAAGCUUCUUAUGAUUGGUUCAGAUUAUUUCUUAGGCGUUUGUUGAAGGAUGAUUUGGAUGAGGAAUUAAAAGAGGAAUUAUGAGAGAUGAACCAACAUAAUUAAGUAAUUGUCAUAAAGACAUAUGUAUGUUUUAUGAAUAAGAUCAAAAGUACUGGUCAAUGAUCUGCUAUCAUAAUUUUUUAAGGUCCUACUUAUGAUGAUAAUUGAUAUAGUAAUGCUAUGUACCCGAGCCAAAUAUUAUUGUAAUAAGGCCAUGGUGCUAGGAUAAUUUGUAAUUUUCUUUAUAAACUUUGCUUCAUGUA